AUGUCAGUUACCCGGGAGACUAGCCAUGGCAUGUGCCGUUCCCAUCUCCACCUGGGACUCCACAUAACGACCCCACUUCAUCUGGAAGUGAGGGCUACGGAUUGGUGGGAAACAAAAUGUGGUAUUCAUGGCCAGGUGAUGGGAAACUUGACGAACAAGUUGAACAAAGCCUACGCUGGAGAAGUGAAGCAAACAAUGAAAGUGAAAAGUCGAAGCGCAGAGUUAGCCUCAUUGAAAUACAAAUUGGAGGAAACAAAGAAAGAUGCUGUCAAAAAGUUCACUAAAUCUGAAGAAGUUAACCAUGAAAUGGUUGAAUGUUUUAACAAUGGGUUCGAGAUGUUCCGAGAUUAUGCUUCGGUCGUCUCACCAGACUACAAUUGGAGCGAAAUAGAUGUUGCUGGUGUGUGGGAGGUUCUAAAUAUGUGUGGACAGGGAAUGGCUGAUCAUAGCCUUGUGCAUGCAGCAAGGAAGAAGAGCAAGGACAUGGAUCUAUUGAUGUACCUGUAA